AUGCGACAUCACAAAAAUCUAAAUAAGCAAAAUCUAAGAGGUUUAAUAUAUAUAUUGUGUAAGUAUAGGUGGAUUUUUUUAUGUGGCUUCUAUCAGUUUUCUAUUGUCAUAGUAAAGAGUUCAGAAAUACCAGCUACUUCUAUUGAAAGCAAUAAUAUACAAUUAAUAUGGAACUCAAUAUUAGAAGAAAUGGCAUUAAGUAGAUGGUUACAUAUAAAAAAUUUACCUAAAAAAGCUCCUUUAGAAUUUGUAGAUGCUCCAUUGAACAACCCAAUAAUUGCUGAAGGAAAUAUUUUAAAACAAAGGAAACUACUAGGGAAAAGAUGUAUAUAUGCUUUGAGAGAGAUGUUAGAAACGGAAACUCCGUUAGAAUCUAGAAAAUAUAGCUAUAAACUUAAAAGUAAUAUAAGUUUACCAGAGGCACUGGCAAGAUUCUGUUAUGAUGUGGCUCUAAAACACUUCAAGACUCAAAAAACUCCCUCAAUAAACAAGGAAAUUAAUGAAAAAGAGUAUAAAGAAUCUAAAAAUACUAUAUAUAAAUAUUCGAGUAAAAUUCCUACUAAUCAAAUCUCGGAAGAAUCCCUUGAAAACUCUGAAAAAGCUGAAGUAAAUACUUUAUAUCAGUAUAUAGCAGGUAUUUUGAAAGAUUAUAAAGAUCUUCUACCACUUUUUCUAAAUAAUUUAAGCCAUUUAAGAAAGUCUAUUCAAUUUGAGGCAUCUAAAUUAAUGAAGAAUAAAGACUGGAAAGGUUUAUCAGCUUUGCUAGAACGGGAAAGGGUUGAAGAUGUCGUUUCAUUUCUUGAUGUUUUAAUUGGAUCUAAAAAAUCAGAUUCAAAUAAAUAUCCACUACUUGAGAAUUUGAAGGCCAAUUUUAAUAUGGAUAGAAAGGAUAGGAUGUCAGAUAGUCCGUUUGGUCGUCUUCCAACAAGGGAAGAUGAAUGGAAGGCUAUAAUAGAGUGGAUACAAAGUAAUAGUGGAGGAACUAAGACAGAGGAAAAGUCUGAAUGGCUAAUACGCACGAAUAAUAAAGGAAUACUACCUGAAAAUCCAAGUAAAAAUUUUAAAGCUAGUAAUGGAGACAAAGAUAUUUUUGUCAAACAAUGUAUUUAUGGAAUCCGUGAGAUAACAUAUAAAAGAUUUACUGCUCCAAGUGGUGACAGAUAUUAUAGUUAUGAUCGUGGAAAUAAAGCUGGAAUUAUAAUUCAGGGUAAAAAUCAAAAAGAGCGUAAUUUUUAUCUUUCAAAACUAUGUACUAUUAUAUUUGAUCGGUAUUUUGAAUUUUUGGGUCUUACAAAAAUAAAAAGUAGCUCCAACUAUACUAAAUCUGUUCUUUCAUUUUUGGCUCCUUUGGAAUAUGAUAAGGUGUUUCUUAAUAAAUUGAUUCAAUCCCUUUAUAAAUUUAUAGAUAAUCCUAGGCGUCAGUGGCUUGCUGUUGUAAAUGAGGCUCAAAUAUCUCCCCUUGUAUUUAGCAAAAAUUUACCUAUAGAACCAAUUCCAUUUGUAUUUCUUGAUAGAAUAGAUAAAAAAACACAUGAUCUUGAACUAAAACAGAAGAUGCUUGCAGAAAAGUGUUUUCAAGCUAUUCGAAGGCUUUUAGUAGAACGUUUUCCAGGUGAUUCAGAUACUACUAUAUACAAGAUAGAAGUCGGAAGUGAAGGAGAUGUAAGUAUUGCCAAAUUUUGCAAUGGAACAAUGGAGCGUUUUAUUAUGAGGCAUUUGGAUUGGAUGAGACUUAUUGAAAGAAGCAUUGGUGAUCCUAAUAUCCAGCUUUUAGAUUAUAAUGAUCCAUAUGUAGAUAUUCCUGAGUUAUUUAUAUUUGUGAAAGAUGCACGAUUAAGGGAAAAUUGUAUUAGUAGUCUAUUAGCCAUAUUUGAAGAGAAUUAUCAAGCUUUAGAGAAAGGAUUACCAAUUGGACCAUAUCCACAAAUGGUUUAUAAAGGAAAACCAGAGCAGCAAAUGGACCAUAUAGUUUCCUUUUGUGAAUCUAUAAGUGAAGAUAAUAUAUCUAUUAGGGCAAGAAUGAUUGAAAAUCUCAAAUCUGAGAACUCCUCUGAGGACUCUGAAAAUACUUCAGAUACAUCGAAAAUUCCAAAUAAUCAAUAUAAUGCUUUUAUGAAAAUUAUGGAAUAUAAAGCUCCAGACUUAUUAUUAAACAUCAAAAAUUCCUUGCAGGGUCGCUUAGAAGCAAUACCAUUUACAAAUUCUACAACAAAUACUCUAAGAUUAGAGAAAUGGUCACAAAGUUUUAAAGAUAUUUCAAACAAGCAAAAAUAUAGAUUAGAAAUGUUUAAUAUUUUCAAGAGGCAAUUUAGGCAAUUUUUAAGUAUAGAAGAUGCAUGUGAAGGACGCCUUAAGAGUAUCUUAGAAUUGGAAAAUUUAGAAAAUGAGCUUGGAAGUAUUCAAUGGAUAGAAAAUUAUAUUAAGGACACUGAUGGUUUAAAGACUGAAUGGGCUUCUGAGUUGUAUAAGAUUGAAGUGAUUUUAAAUAAUAUUCGUGCAGCUGAGAAUGAGUUGGAGACUUAUGUUAAAACUGUAAAUAGUGUUCUUCAUGAAAAUGAGAAAAAGUCAAAUUUACCUCGAUAUAAAAAAAUAUUGAGAGAUUGGCCCAAAGAACUUAAUAAUAAAGAAAGACUUUUUGAAAAACUGAAAAUUGAUGGGUUUUUAGGGCGUCAGCAGAGCGAAGUUGCUAUUGAAAGUUUGCGAUAUCAACAAUUGGAACGACGAAAUGAGUUUAUCAAACACCUAAAAAAUAACUUAUUAAAGUUUGAAAAAGUUAAUAAGUUCUUUGAUAUAAGAAUUUGUAUGAAUAAUGAAGAAGGCUUGUAUCCUAUAAUACCUUUUGAAAUGUCAUUAGAAGAAGAAGAAAUCCAAAAACAACGUUUAACCAGUUUAAAGUUAGCACUUAACGAAUUCUUUAAAAGUUUCAGCGUGAUGGAUACAGAACUUAGUAAACAAUUUCAUGAAAUAGAUAAGGCAUUACAGAAGAAACAAGGGGAUUUUAAUAAAGCUUGGAAAGAAAAUUAUGAAACUGCUCUUGCAUUGCAAUUACAAAUUAGGACACGAAAAUUGGUUGAAGAAUAUGUUCAAACUUCUGAAAGGUAUCUACUUAUACAGCGUGUAAAAGCUGAUUUUGAAUAUCGUAAAAGUAUUAUUUCAGAAUUCCAAAUGGAUCCAGGUUUUGAGGUAAUGUUAAGUAGAGCUGCGGACAUGAUAGAGAAAGCUGAAGUAGAAUCUAAGGAGUUAAAAGAGGAUUUAAAUAAACUCUCAAAGGAUAGAGCAAGACUUCCCAAAAUAAUUGAGCAAGAUAUGAAGGAAAUCUACUCUAAAAGAGUGAAAGAACUUAGAAGUAGCCGAGAUAUUCUUAGGAAACAGAUCCAAAGUGAAAAGGCAUUCUUAAACAAAGAGAGAGAAAUUUUCGAGGAUCAGUUACAUAGAGAUACAGAAUAUUAUAGUAUUGAUAAUAUGGUUGAGGCUGGUAUUUACAGAGGUAAUCAGCUUCAAAUUCUAUGUGAAGCUACCCAAUGGAUAAUGAAUUACAAUGAAAAACUCACAUUUACAAAUGAAAUGGUUUAUCGUGAAGAUUUAGAAAAGUUGGAUUAUGUAGUCUCUAUAAACAAUACCCAGUUGAAUAAAGAAAGUGAGGCAUCAAAAGCUAGAUUUAAUUCUGAAAAUCUUAUGAUGAAUUUAAGAAAGCAUAAAUUUAAGUAUAAUGAUGACGUAAAUAUUUCAGAUUUUUUAACUGAAGAUGAGAUGAAAAGAGAAGCAGGAGAAUUUGCUAAAGAUGAUCCAAGUCAAGGUCAAAUUCCUGAAGAUGCUCAGAAAUUGUUAGAAAUAUAUAAGGAAAAACUUAAAUGGAAGCUUAAUGAUCUAGAUAGUAUUAAUCAGUCAAUUCUACAACUAAACAUGAAUACUAUUGGUGCAUUUGAUUAUUUCGAUUAUAAUAGAGAAAGAGCUUAUAAAGCUUAUUUUGCAGUUAUGCAAGAAGCUCAGGCCUCAAAUAUGCUUUAUAUUAUUUUAUCGCACUUUGAAUGGGAGCAUAUACAACUUAGAUGGAGAAUAUUACAAAUGGAAAAGUUUGUAAUAGGUGAAAAAGAAAGAAUUUUGAAUCAAAUAGCAGACUUGAGAAGUACCUUGGAUUUAAAAAUGAAGCAGUAUAAUGCAGUACCUCUUAUGCGACGCUUAGUUCCAAUUGGUAGUCUAUCUUUAACUGAUCCUAUAAUAAGGGAUAUACUGGAAUUUGAUAGAAAGAAAUUGAACCUUGAAGGUAAUUCUAAUAUUUUAGAUAUUAUUCCAAGUAGUAUACCACUUUAUCUAAUAGAUGGCCAAGAUUACAAAAGUGCUAGAAACUAUGAUUAUAAAGUUAAAAAUAUAAUUUUGGAUCGAAUUAUGGUUGUUUUAUCAGUAAAAGAAAGUAAAUAUAUUCAAUUACUAAAGAAUAUAAUGACCAAAUAUACAGAAAAGAAUAUGACUUAUCAAAAAGUUAUAGAUGAUAUGAAAGCAAAAUUAGAAGGACUUCAAAAUACCAUUGGAUUUACAUACUUAUCAAGUGAUGAAAAAAAAUUAGAAAAAAGUAAACUAGAAGAAGAACUUCAGGAACAAAUUUUUAUUUCUUCCCAGGAAAUCUUGCCGUUAGUAAUGCAAAAACAGAUAAUAUUGCAAAAAGCUGAACAGCUCAAUGAAUUCCAAAAAAGACUUCAGAAAGCUUUUAAUGACCCUUCAUUUACCGGAGAGGAAGCUAAGCAAACUGAAGCUUCAGUUAUAGAGUUUUUUGGUGAAAAGCCUCCAGAAAGUUGUAAUGACUUAAGUCCAAAGGUUCAACUAGCUUUUGAGAUUUACAAACUUAAUAAACUAUCUGAUAAUAUUAAAAAACUUGAAAAGCAAAUUAAACUAAAAGGUACUGAGGAUAGAGAUACACUUGCCAAACUUCAUAAAAAUAAACGGGAUAUAAGUAAAACCGAAGAAUUGAUUCAAAAGCUCAAAAAGGAAAUUCAAACUGCAGAGAAGAAUGCAGAAAUAUUCCAAAACACAAAAUUUGCAAAGCUCUACAACUAA